GUAUAGGCAUCAUGUGUCCCCCACACCUGAAAGAUAAGAUCACAGUGUCGUGAGAUACCAUCUUGAAGGCUGCAUAUUGUGCAUUGACAUCGGUCGUGGAGGGUGUUUAGUUCGGCUGUUUGUGGGGCUUGAAGCACCCACACUCCCCUUUGGUCAUGCUUCGUUCAGCGGCGCUCAGGGCGUGCCGGGCGUUGGCCGCAGCCUCCACAGCCAGCAUCACCUCUGGCACCUCUGCCACGGGCAUCAUCGGCACCCGCGCGGAACGGCUGGGACGCUUCCCCCACUCGACCAUGUCAGCCACCAGCAAGCCGGCAGAAGAGGAGGGUCUCAGGUGGAGGUUCCCCGCGGACGACAGGACGCAGGCCAUGGCGGCGAGUGUGGAGCACGGCGUGUGUCAGAGCACCAUCCUCACCUUUAACUCCAAGGCGCCCAUCACCCCUGGCCUGAUGGAGGAGGCGCUCCUCCACCUCUACGGCAAGGUCGAGUCACUUAGGCUUUGUUUCCGGCUGCGGGACGGGCAGCUGUGGGUCGCUGACAUGCCGCAACCUAAAUUAGAUUUUCAGGUGGCGAGCAACACGGACUUGGUGCAGGAACACUCGGACCUGCACAAAGUACCAUUUGACCUCCAUAAUGGGCCGCUGUGGAAUGCUCGCCUCAUGCCAUGCCCUCCAGACGCUCCCUGUCAUCUCCCCGAAGUGAAGGCAGCAUAUCCUCAUCAGUGCCACCUCUUAAUGUCCGUCCACCACGCUGCGAACGAUGGCAUCGUCGUGCUACUAAUGGCGGAGUUACUUUUCCACAUCCUCGAAAGACUCCUGGAGGGAUCGCCCGUGGACACCAAGCCGGUCGGGGAGCUCCGUGACGGCGUGAGGGCAAGAGAGGAAGAAAACAAGAUUAGGGUAGAACUGGAAAGUAAUACCGAUAGGCUUCUUUCGGCCCUCAGAAAUUAUUCCAUGAGCAAGCGUCUUCCUUUACUCAUGGAAACUUUUGGCCUCCGGCAGGUAGAAAAUCCUGAGACUUUAUAUUUCCCAACAGAGGUGAUUGAUAUGCAAGUACUGGAGAAGAUCAGCAAGAAAUGUCGUUCCAUAGGAGCAUCUCUCAACUCUGGUUUGGCUGCCGUCUUUAAUAUGGCCAUGGUGGAGCUCGCACGUGAGCAUGGCAUAAAAAGGGACGUCUACAACAUAUCAUGCAAACACCCCGUCGAUUCCCGCCGCCUAAUAAAAGACUGCAAGAAUAUCGUGCUUGGCUUCCACGCCAUCCCCUUCACGCAGUGCACCCCUACACCCCAUGACGUGAGGAAACACUUCUGGCAGUACGUGAAAUUCCUGGACACAGAAUUGCGUGAUAAGCUAAAGAGGAACUACAUGUGUGAGGAGAGGGUGCUGGACGCCAUCAUGAGGCCGGAGGGACACUCAUACGAGGCACAGUAUACCACCAAACAUCUUCCAGACUGUGAUCACAAUUUCUCGAAUAUGUAUGCUCCAAAUGCACCUCAUACGGGAAUUGGCAAGAACAUUCAAAUAACUAUGGCAAGAAACUACAUGAGCUUCCACAAUGAAGCGUAUCAGUUCGGGCAGGCACUGGCCGCCUUCCGUGGCCAGGCUCGUCUGCAGCCGUGCUACUCCACGGCGGCCUACACGGCGGAGCAGGUGCAGAAGCUACACGAAAAGAACAUUGCCUCGCUCCAUGACGUCGCCAGGACAGUAGACUAAAGCUGCAUUCUUGAGCACUACGAGACUGAGACUGCUUGUACUUUGACACGAAAACGGGGACCAGAUUAUUCAUGGCAGGUUAGCUGGUUUAAUGCUGGUUGUCUGCUAGACAAUUUGACGCUGCAUUGUAGUGCAUUGUAAUGCUGACUAUUGAAUUGUUAUUUCUAAUGUUGACUAUUGAAUUGUUAUUUCUAAUGUUGACUGUCGAAUUGUUAUUUCUAAUGUUGACUAUCGAAUUGUUUUUUCAAUUUGAACAUAUCUAGCAUAGGAAAUCAUGACGCAAGAAGUUUUUUUCCCUACAUGCAUGUUAACGUGGAGAGGAACCUUGUAGGCUAUUAGUUUAAGUGACGCAGACUCAACAGAGAGUCUUCAGUGUAUACAUGACCCAGUGUUCUGACGGAGGGUGCACAACGCACGCUAAUGUAAGGAGGGCGAAUGGCAGGCUGCAGGCUCUUACUGUUGUUUGUAAUAAAAUGGAGCCAAGACCAAAUCAUUCCCACAAAGCUAUCUUUGAAACAUGCAUUUCUGGACAGAGUUGAAUUUAUGUUAGCCUAAAACUUAUCAUGACUGCAUUAUACACACGCCACACAACGCAAGGUGCCAUUUUGAACACUGCUAUACCCAGUACCCACGGUAAGUACAGACCAUCAUCAUCUUCAGCCAUUGCCACUCUUCUGUACGACAAAGGCCUUUCCCAGUGUUUUCCACCUCUAUUUGAUGUGAGCGUACUCAACCCUAGUCCCGGAAAUGCUCUAAUUAAAUUUCUCAACCUUG